GCAAACACAAGAUGAGAGAGUCAGGAAAGAGGGUUUGCACUGGUCUCGCCUUCUGUUUCAAAGACGUGUUAUCCCACCCACUGCUUGGAAACGGAGCUCUAUUGCGCACGGGCAGUUGCUUAGAAAUGAGAGCUCUUUAAAUCGAGAAUUAAUCAGUAACUCGCAAGGCAGAGGCUGGGAACCCAAAGCUCAAGGAAGGAACUUGCAGACGGCCGUCAAGAUACAGCUGGCAGGCUGGAAAAGAGGAUGAGAUUUGAGACAUUGGCGCUGGUAUAAUUAUCCAGUGUGCUUUUCUCUCUCUCUCUCUCUGUCUGUCUGUCUGCUCCGGGAAGCGCAGGAAACAUCGAUUCCUUUGGAAGGAAAAGCAGGGAUACACAUUGAUACUAACAUUCAACAUAAAAUUCCUUCUGUUGCUGGAGUAGACCAGAAAUGCCAGUAGAGUCGAGGUAUUCUGAGAUGGACUUUGACGUUACGCCUAGGAACAAGCUUCAGAGUGUGGGAAGAAUGGGAAGUGGUGACAGUGGCUUUGGUUCCAGGUCCAGAAACUCCAAUCUGGAUGAUGACUUCAUGAGCUAUAUGUCUCACGAGGAAAAGGAAUGUAUUCUGUUCUUUGAGACAACUCUGGAUUCGCUGAACGAUGAUUUGGAGGAAGGUUACUCUGUGUGCAGUGUAAAAAGUGAAGAUCUGGCCACACCAAUACAGACCAUCCCAGGAACUGAAGAAAUCAUUGACUUAGUAGCGACCCAAUCUCCGACAACAAAAUGUAUUCCUAAAUAUGACAAUGUCCUUCCAGUGGACAAAGACAGUGGUGUGCUGCGGAAAGAGGAGGUUCUGACAAAGCCAGAGAGUCCACCUGCCGACCCCCCUAUGGCACAGGUUAGAAAGCAAAGGAGCUUUGAGAGAACUUUACCAGAAUCGGAAAUAGAGUCAGCCAGAGUCUCUUGGAGCCAGACAAAGCCGCCCGGAUCAGUGCCAACUCCGAUGGUCAUCGCACAGAAGAUUGCAGAGAAAAAGGUCGGGAAUGGGGUCACAUCGCCUUUGUCGCCAAAAGAGAGGAAGUGGUCCACAUCUGAGAGCGAUCAGCCAGACUCGAUCUCCCCGACCGAGAGUCAUGAGUUUCAGUACAAAAAUGUGAAGCUGCAAAGGUUCCCGUCCAACAUCAGCAUUUCUAUGGCAAACAAGGAAUACAACAACACCAUCACCAAAGCAGCUGUCAAAGUUCAAGAGCGCAAAGCCCAAGUGUUGGCCAAUCUGGGUGGGGCAAGCCUUCUUGCUGUUGAAUCUGAUGAAAGGCAGCAGAAAGAUAAACUCAACGGCCCAAGGAGGAGCUUGUCAUUCAAUGAGGUGGUGGCAAACCAAGCGAGGGGUGAGUCCCCGAACAAACUGGGGCUGGUCAAAGAAUUGGAUGAGUCUGAGUUGGAUAAUCCCAGUGGCUUCAAGCCAAAGACCAGGAAUCCAGCUCUGUCUCAGUCAAUGAAGGUCCAGCCUGUGUCCAACGGUGCCCCUGUGACCAAUCCCAUCACCCCAGCUGUGAAAGCUCCGGUCUCCAAGCCUGAAACAAAAGAGAUUCCUCAUCUCGGUCCCUUAAUAUCUACUUCUGAAAUCCACAGGUCAAGGUCCAUUCAAAGACCAACUGGGUUCAGGUCUCAAGGAAUAACAGUCCAGUUCUCAGGCCGCGGAGCAACAAACGAUUCCCGCAAAGAAGCUUUACGGAAAUUGGGCUUACUGAGGAGCAAUGACAUUCAAUGAAAACUUGAUGAUCGCUUUUCAGGGACAUUUUAUGAUGCCUUUUGUUCAAGAGCAAGGAAGACGAACCUGCUUCCAUGCUGCCUUUAAAUAUAACCAAAAGGAUUUCUUUAAAGUGCUAGCCUUUGACUAAUGAUGGCUGACUUAUUGUUGAGUGAUCAGAAUGACACGUUGACCAGAGAGCCUGCAAACUGAAGCAGAUCUUCACUGAUCUCUCUCUUUUUUUUAAUUCAGUGGAGAUGACAUUAUUGGCCAGAAUGGAUCAAAUUCGGGUCAUUGUAUAUGUGAUUCUCAUCUCUUUGAGCUUGUUUCGAGCACUGUGCAAUGUUCCAAAUGGACCUAAAUUGGAAGUAUUGGUGAACCUUGGGCUAUCUCAGCUGCAGGAAGAUGAAUCACCUAAGCUUCAGACCAUCUUCAAUGUCAUAAACCUCACCAAUAAGAUGUAACUCACCAAAUCAUGAAUUAUAAGGAGUGGAAGCGACUUGGCUAUUUGCCCAAUAUACUCCUGUCACAGUGCAGCUAUAACCCAGUGACAAGUUGCUAAAUACUCUGUUUAUGUGAAGCAAAGUGAAAUACUCUACAAAUCACAUUUAGAGAAUAUAUUUGUUUAUUUGACUCCUGUGCUGUUAAAGCGUGGACCUUAUCUACUAGACUGUACUGAUCUAAGCUCAAAAAUGCCAACAGAGUAAUGUCCCUACACCAAACAGCUCCCCCAACUGCCAACUUCCAGGCUAUCUACUUGUGAAAAAAAACUGUCAAAGUGACAGCAGCAAACCAGUCUCUCUUGAGUUAAACACUAAAAUAAAGAACUCAGGAUUCUGAAAAGGGAUGCUAAAAAAACUGAGUCAAAUCUGGUAGUGUCAGAAGUGGACUAACUGCUUACUAACCCAAAGGAAGGUUCAAAAGUGGAACUUAUCUUUAAGGAAAGACAACACCAUUUUUAUUUGUAUUACAUAUGUCUUAACAUCUAUGUUAUAAAGAGCCACAAUCUCAUUUUAAGUAAUACAUUAACCUUUAUUAUUUGUUGGACGAUAUGAUUCUGUUCAUAAAGUUGUUGCAAUCGGAAACAGUAGAUUUAUGAACAAAGUACAAUUUUAAAUCACAUAAAGGGGAAGGAAAGUAAGGGAUGUGUUUUUCUUUUGGUCAAAGUGCUUUUCAGCAAAUGAAAACACAAUGCCCAUCAACAAUUUCCCCUGUUCCAAUAACAUCCUUAAUGACAGAGAACAGAAUCUCUCUCCAAGCUCUGGUAAUCUAUCAAGCUGUGAGCUCUAGCAAGGCUACACAUGCAAAUCAAGAAAGUGCAAUUUACACAGACUAUAAAAGAGUUAUUUAAACCUUACUAAUGUUGUGAGUGCUUCUCAGAACCUCUGAUGUGGAGGUGCUGGUGUUGGACUGGGGUGGACAAAGUCAGAGGUCACAUGACACCAGGUUAUAGUCCAACAGGCUUAUUUUAAGUCACCUGAUGAAGGAGCAGCGUUCUGAAAACUUGUGGCUCCACAUAAACCUGUCGGAUAAUAACCUGGUGUCGUGUGACUUCUGACUUCAGAAAACCUCAGGCACUGUGCUCCUCCCUUCCAUAAUCUUUGUCGCUCUUGCCUCUACCAAACAAAUUGCCCUCAAACUCUCUGUCCUGUUAUUAACUAUUCUUUGCAUUUAUGGCCCAUCCGUAGUUGCCCUUGAGAAGGUGGUAGUGAGCUGCCUUUUUGAACUGCUGCACUCCCUAUGCUGGGGAGACACGGCAGUGUUGUUAUUGAAGGGAGUUAAAGGAUUUUGACCCAGCGACACUGAAGGAAUGUUGUUACAUUUCCCAGUCAUGAUGGUGAGUGGCUUGGAGGAGGAUUUGCUGGAGGUGGUGUUCCCACUUAUCUGCUGCCCUUGUCCUUCUGGAUGGUAGAACCCAUUUUCUUAAUUACUAGUCCCAGAGAAAUUGCCACAACGUCACCACCUGCGACGUUGCCCCAUUUCCCAACCCAAUUUUGUGCUCAAGGUUCUACCUUCCUAGUUGUGCAUCUCUUCCAGAAUUCAGUUGGAAUCUAUUCACUCAGGUUUCUGCCCAUCUUAUAGCUCUGAUGUAACGUUAACCAUAUUUAGACAGGCAUCGUGUGUGGCUGCAGUCAGGAUUCUUUGGUUUUAGCGAUCCAUCUCAUCCAUCCUGCAGCCUUUGAUGUGGCUGAUCCCUGUGAUGACGCUCCACUCACUGCCCAGUCAGCGAGCUGCCUGUUCCUGCUCUUACUCUUUAUCAUGACUGUGUGAAGUAUCUCAUUUCUGCCCCUACACUGUGGAUGCAGCAGAGAGCCAGGGGUCCAUCAUUAGCCCCUUGCCCUUUCUCAAUUCCAUGCCCCAUGAAGACAUCAUUCCCUAAAAGCUAAAAAUAGAUCUCUGCACUUUUUUGAAAUGCUUGUGAUGUUUGUCUGGCAAAAUAUCAACCAUUUCCUGAAGAAUUCGAGCCUUGACAACUCCACUGGAUUUACACACUGUGCCAUUAGAAUCAGACUAGUUACAGUAUGGAUAAAGGCCAUUCAGCCUGCCCUAUCUCUGUUGGCUUCUUACAAGAGUGACUCAGGGGAGUCCAUCAUCCAAUAAAAUAUUGACACUUAGUUGUUAGUUUGACAUUUUCUGGCAAAGAUAUUCACAGACUAUCAAAAAGUGUAGUUACAGAGUAACCAGGAUGCAAAUAGGUAUCUCCUUAGUUUGAUAGAUGGACAUCAUUUUUGGAACCCUUUUGUUCUCUGAAAAGGGUAUGGAAGGUUGGGAUGGGCCAGGAUGUGUGAGCUAGCUCUGAGACUGAUACACUUUUUAUUCCAUUCAGGUUAGGUGGAUUGGCCAUGUUAAAUUGCCCAUAAUGUCCAGGAUGUGCAGGCUUGGUAGGAUAGGAUUA